AUCUAUAAAUAUUUUAAAAAUGGAAGAAUUAAAUGUAUAAUUCGAUUAAACGUUGCCCUAAAAUAGCUUUUUCUUUCCUUCUCUUCUUUUUUUUCUGUUCGAAGAGGAAAAUCGUUAAAACAGCAUCUCUGCACUCAUCCCUUAUCUACACUCGAAAGUUCUGAUGAUAAUUUUUGUACUUAAUUGAGCGUUGGAAAAACGAAUAAUUUAUGCAGAAAUUUGACUUGAUCAUAAAUUUCCAUUAUAAAAGUAUACAUCCAAGCAAGGAAAAUGGCAUAAAUAAUCAAUCUUUAAACGGAUGAUAAUUAAUUAAAUACAUUAUAUAUAUAUAAGUUGACAUAGAAUAGAGUUUCCUUUUGUUUUUUUUUUUUCUACUUGGUAAACUUAUAUAUGUAUAUAUAACCGAUAUAAAAUCCAAUUUAAACACAUCCAUCAUUAAAAAUUACGUCGAACACUAUGAUGUCUUUGAUGUGAUUAAAGAGAAGUAAGGUAUUAAGUCUUUGGUUUCCUUUACUUAGCAUGGCAGCUGCUCCUUCCUCCUUCUGACGGAAGGUUAGAUAAUUAAGUAGUGUUUGACCGAUUGCUUGUCAUCUCGGUCACAACGUGUCAUCCAUAUAGACUCACAAACAGAUAUAACAUCACCUUAAUGACCUAUAUAGUCAUUCCACUGUUAAGCCUGUGAUAGAAGUUAUACCAAUCUUAACUACUCACACAAAAUACAAUUAAAUAUAAAGCUUAGUCAAUAACUAACUUCACCUUCUAAACAAAUUGAUUUUCCAUUUGCUAGAAACACAAACACUUCUACAAGAACAAACUCGUAUCCAAUCCAAUCUGGAAAAUGAAUCGUUUUCUUCUUGCUACACAUACAUAUAGCCUAUAUCUGGUUUUCUUUGUAAAUAAUUUAUUUAUUGGCUAUUUCUACGAUUUUAAUAGAUGUAAAUUAGAAAUUUUUUUUACCGAAAACAUCCCGAAAAAUUUAUUUUCCUUCGAGAUAUUUUGCAUCUUUGACGUCCAUCCAGUUAACUGAAUUCAUAAAACAGAUUUUCGAGACUGAUAAUGAAAAUAUUCUUAUAGAUUUCCUCCUCUUUUUUUAUCCUCAUAUUAAUGCGCGAGUAACGAGGAUAACUUGUAAAUGUGUGAGGCAUUUUACUCAAUUACCUUAACAAAACUACGAUUAAUUCAGUUUAUAACAUGGGUUUUGCUUGUUAACAUAAAGUACUGAGAAUAACAGUUGGAUAGAAUUGAAUUGAGAUUGAUCUGGCAGGUUUCUUGCUCCAGGCAACAACAUGUUUAGCUGCAGAUGGCAAUAUCAUUCUGAACAGGACCAUAAUCCGAUAAAGUAGCAGAGAUGUUUGCCAUUUAAUUCUUGUAACUCUCAAUUCUUCAUUAGCCUCAGAGGAGAGGCAUCAGAAAUCAUUAAAUUUUGUCCUUUCGACAUUAAAUUCGCACGCACUUAACGGAGAAACUGUGACAACACUCUUUCCUUUUAAGACAAAUAAUACAAUUAAAUAUUCAACUUUUGAUGCGGUAUUUUCAAUCGAAUGUCAAGUACAAUAACGGACCAAUCAAAUUUGUUGAUUUCGUUCGCUUGAACGAUAAACGAGAAAAGUCUUAAGUAAGUAACCAAUAAUAGAUCUCGAUUAUUAAAGUGAGGCUUAAAUAUUACGAAAACUCCUCCUACAUUUCCUUUCCAUUUAAAUAAGUUAAAUUUUAUAUGAAAUAAUAAAGCAAAUUCUUUUUUUUCCAAAUUAAAUAAUAUUAAUUGUUGCAUAUUGCUAGUAUGUUUGUAUGCUGUAAAUAAUAACUUUUGUGUGUGAAUAUUUAUCACUUUGUAGACUUAACUCUUUUUUUUUUUGUUUUUUUUAAUUAGAAACGGUUGAAUACUUGAUUAUAUUGCUGCACGCUGCACUAUCCUUUGCUUUGCUUCUCGGCACUGCUUUUAAUUUACUUUCUCUUUGAUGAAAAUCCCUCAAGAAGUUUACAGUUAAAUCCCCGAAGUCUAAUUUUUUUGUGCUUUUGUCAACGCGUUAUUUUGCAUGAAAAACGAAAGAACCUCCAAACGAAACCAUUUUGAUUAAUAGCUUUAUAAAAAAAAAUGAAAAAAAAAUAAAAAAGACAAAUGUGGUAUUUUGUUGUUUUUCCUCUUGUUUUGUUUUGAUAAGAAACAAUUUUGCUGGCUGACCUUUUUUUCUUUUUUUGUGAUGUUUUGACUACGAUAUUUUGGGAUUUCUUCUACAGUUUGGUUGGUGGCGAUGGAGACUUGGGGAUGACUUCUAUCCACGGGGCCAUAUCAACUUAGCCGCCCUGCAUGAUGCCACACGUUGUGAAGGUUUGACAUGUAUGCUGGUGUUCUCCAUCUUUGCUGCCGUCCUUGGUAUGUUUCAAUUUGGUUACAACACGGGAGUAAUCAAUGCUCCACAAACAAUCAUCCAGGACUUCAUACGCGACGUUUAUAAGAUGAGAACGGGAGAAGAUAUCACGGAUAACUACAGAGAUCUUCUGUGGUCCAUCACCGUUUCUGUGUUCGCUAUUGGAGGAAUGGUAGGAGGCAUCAUAGGAGGCUCCAUAGCAGAUAAAUUUGGAAGGAAGAACGGUCUUUUAUUAAAUAACAUCAUGGGAAUCAUUGGCGCAGCCCUGAUGAGCCUCAGCAAGAUAUCAAGAAGUUUCGAACUGCUGAUUAUCGGGCGUUUGAUAAUUGGCUUUAAUUGUGGUCUCAAUACAGCCGUAGUGCCAAUGUACUUAUCAGAAGUCUCUCCUCUAACCAUGAGAGGAGGUUUAGGUACAGUGAACCAGUUAGGUGUGACUAUAGGUUUGCUCAUGUCUCAGGUUCUAGGAAUUCAGGCUAUCCUGGGCACUGAAAGAGGAUGGCCUUUCCUUUUAGGUAUUGCCGUCUUACCGGCAGUUCUGCAGCUACUUCUCCUGCCCUUAUGCCCAGAAAGUCCUCGAUAUUUGCUCAUUUCGAAACGCGAAGAAUCACUUGCACGCGAGGCAUUGCAAAAGUUAAGGUGCUCAAGUCAAGUAGAGGAAGAUAUGGAAGAAAUGAAAGCCGAAGAAAGAUCCCAACAGCCUGAAUCUGAGAUAACUAUGUGGCAGCUCAUCUGUAACAAAUCCAUGCAGUUGCCGUUAGUGAUAGGCAUAGUCAUGCAGCUAUCUCAGCAGCUUUCAGGCAUAAAUGCAGUCCUGUAUUAUUCCACUGGGCUUUUUACUGCGGCUGGUCUUACAGAAGACACAGCUAAAUAUGCCACUAUAGGAGUUGGGUCUGUGUUGGUAGCCAUGACACUUGUAUCUAUACCUUUAAUGGAUAGAGCGGGUCGACGUACUCUUCACUUGUAUGGACUCGGAGGAAUGUUCAUUUUCAGCAUCUUCAUCACUAUAUCUUUACUUGUUAAGUUCCUUUAUCAUUGGGUCACUUAUUUAAGUGUAGUCAGCACUCUCUUUUUUGUCGUCUUUUAUGCAAUUGGUCCGGGUCCUAUUCCAUGGAUGAUAACUGCGGAACUCUUUUCUCAAGGACCAAGACCAGCAGCUAUGAGCAUAACAGCCCUCUGUAAUUGGUUCGCUAACUUUAUAGUUGGCUUGGUAUUUCCACAAAUGCAGAGGUUUCUCGAGAAUUAUACUUUCCUGCCGUUCACUGCGUUGCUAGCGAUUUUCUGGACGUUUACGUACAGGAAAAUACCAGAAACUAAGAAUAAAACCUUCGAAGAAAUUGCAGCACUAUUUAGGAGAGGGGACGUGAUUAAUGUGAAUGGACUCAAUAUCCUUCGAAAAUCUCUGCAAUCGGGUGAACUAAUCUUUGAGGAGAAACAGAUAGAUCCUUCUGCUGUAACAGCGAGAGAAGCGCUCAGCACUAGUAACCCAUGUCUUUCACUGCAAGGCCAAAUUCGCCAUCAACCCCACUGCCAGCUUCGGGAAUAUUCUGGACGAAAAGAGUUCGUCGACAUCACUCCGAAUCAUAUCGAGGACCAGCUCUGACAUCAUACUCAUCUCUCUACAGACAUUCGCUUGUAAUCAAUCACAAUAGAUACCAUCAGGUUUUUUUUUGGGUGAGUGACAGAGGCUCAGGUACUGUUAUACGCUUCCCUACAUCCCUCCCCAAAGAAAAAAAUAAGAGAGGAGAACAGAAAGUUUCGAAAAGAAGAAGAAGACGGUUGCAUCUUCAUUUUCCGAUCUCUAUACUUUCCACGUGAGAUGACACUUCCCAGAUUUAUGCCAGGACUUUAACGAAGGCGCAAAAAUUCGUGGGAAAAUAUGUCCUCUUCACCUUUCUUCAGACUGUCAGUUAAGACACGAGUCGACAGAGUGUAUAAUAAAGAAAAAAAAAACAAAAAAAAAAUCAUCAUCCACGGCAUGGAUUGGAAGAAACAACGUUUCUAAACAGUGCACCAACCCACACCGUCGAUAAGUGUAUAUAGAUAUGAAUAUCUGAGCUAUGCAGUCGUACACUCUGAUCCACAUCUUCCAAAAUGUUUUCCCCUUUUCCCUUCUCCUACGAUGCUUCCACUGAGGGGAACACUGUUGAAAUCCCGUUUAAACGUGACUUUAAGACGAUGGUGCCUUUUCUUUCCAGAUGGAACUCAUAAAAGACAAAAAAAAAAAAAAAAAAAACCAAAAACACACACACAAACCAACAAUAAAAAAAUAAAUAAAUAAUCUCAAAUCUUAUCGAUUGAUUCAGAAAAAAAAAAAAAGACAAAAUAAUGAGUGGCUCUAUGGAUCAUUCGGCAAAAAACCGAUUCAAAUUCAGUUUUAUUCAUAAUUCUUCGGUUUAGAAUCGAGUGAUUUUUUGAGUGAUUAUAAAAAAAAUAUAUAAGAGUUUUUUGCACGAAUUUGUGAAAAAAGUUAUAUAAUAUCUUCUUUCCCCCCGAGACUUUUUCCGAUCCACCCCCUUCGAUUCAACAUUAAAAAAAAGAAAAAAAAAGCAUCCUAUAAUUCACAAUCAUCGCCAUUAAAAUCAAUUUUUCUUAUUAUAUAGAAAGAUAAAGAAGAUGAAGAAGAAGAAAAAGAAUAAACAGGAGAAAGGAUGUUGAUGAUGAUAUGAUGUCGCGAAAAAUUCUAUGUCAAAACUUCAUGUCGAGAAACCAGAAAAAAAAAAUGUGUUCAAAAAAAAAAACUAUAUCAGAAAAACAGCAGAGAAAAUAAUUAAACAAUUAAUAAUAAUAAUAAUAAUAAUAAUAAUUAAUUAUAAUAAUAUUAAUAAUAUUAAUAAGAACAUUAUGAAGUUUUCAUGUAUUUAGAAGCGAGCAACCAUACGAAGAUGUGUUGUUAAUUUUAAUUUUAAUUAUAAUUAAUUUCUGAUUUUUAUGUUUGAUGAACGUACAAGAGUUGGAAAAUUUUAUAUAAUAUAAAAAAAAAAGUCAUAAGAAAUGGAUUUGAAUGGGUAAAUUGCCGAUUAUUUGCAAGGAUCUCGACAUGAAAAGAAAAAAAAAACCUCUUUGAAAUCAUUCCCGCGCCACUUGGUCUCGAAAAAAAAACAAUAAAAAUCUUAGCACUCCUUCUGUAUAUAUAUAAACUAAUGAUAGUGAUGAUGAUGAUGAUGAUGAUGACGAUAG